GAACUUGUUUCUUACUAGAUGACUUCGAACGUCUCCGUAGUCGCACAUCGGAUACCGCAGGAGUUGUUCAAAACGAUUAUAAAGCACUUGAUACCUCGAGAACUGGAGAAUCCACUCUUGCUUUCCCUCGCGUCGGACCAGGACCACGUAGAGCGCAAGAAGCAGCUAAAGCAUGAACUUGGGCAAUGCUCCCUCGUUUGUCAUUUCUGGGCGAUGCACUGCCGUCCUCCCCUGUUCAGGUACAUCGAGCUUCGGGCAGCUGAGGACGUCCAUCGUUUGUUUGAAUUUGCGAAUACGAUCACUCUAGACAUCAGUGUUGGGUGGUAUGUCUUUGGCAUCGCCAUCUGCAUCACGAUGCCCUCGCCUCCGUGGAUUCACCUCGUCGUUAACACCAUUCCUCUCGACGCAUUUCCGUUCGUGGAGAACUACACCUUCAAUGUACUCAAGCCCAGUGAAUCCAUAACGCUUAAUGAGCCGGGAUUUUAUGCCCCUCGCUCCGUAUUCUACGGCCUCCCACGCUCACUCCCCGCCACCAAGUGCUCCAUCGACGAUGUCGCCCUGAGUGGCCAGCGCUUCGCCGCAUUCGCCGAUCUGGUCUCCUUCCUCAGCUCGUUCAUUGCUAUCAAGCUCCACUCGGAGUCAUGUGGCGCGAAGAGACUGUCGCUCGAGGAAGUUACUUGGGCGGACGGCGACGCCCUGACGCCCUCAGAAACACCGGUUGCAUUCCGCGGCAUGCGUCGCUGCUGGCGGAAGUGCUUCAUGUCUAUUGAAACAUUCGGCUGCACGGCGAUUUGGCCACUCAUUUGGCUUGUAGUCACCACAGAACGUCCUCGGCCAUCUCAGCACAGAACGCCGGUGUUCCUCGAUGGUGCAGAAGUGCGCCGGCUCGCAGCGCUCGUGGAAGCGCUCGUGGACAAUUGCAAGUGCACUGCUUGUAAGCAGUCCGAGUUAAGGUCUGCGUCGCUGAGGCCUACGUAUCUUACAGCUUCAGGCGGACUUGGAGACGAGCGCGUUAUAAUCAUUCAUGGAGUUCACGGUUUCAGUUUCACGGUAUUUGAUGGCCACGUUACCAAGAUCCACUUCGAUAUUAGGGGCUGGUAUUUUGACGAAGAUAUGCGUCUUGGAUCUCCUGAGGAGCUCGGAUUCGACUGGGCGGCCCUUGACCAGCGGGUGGCUGCCUUCGAAUGGGCCGUGGCGUUCUCUGCGAAAAUACCUGAAGUGCUCCAUGACGAGUUCGAGUCGUUCAUGCGUGGCCACAUGCCAUUGAUGGAAUCGAGAGGUCAUUUGGAAGUCGAGGCCGUCAAGCGAUGACUCUGACGAAGAAGAUGUUCGAAUUCGUGUAGCGUUGUUUGUGGUCGCAAGG